AGGGCUGGGUUUGGAUAGGGUUGGGCAUCGGCAAGAUAUCAUGUAUUAAAAACCUGUGACAGACACGACACAACUCAUUUACCUGUGACACACAAAGAAACAAAAUCAUCUCUGCUGAGUAUUUCAAGUUUGUGGAAAUGGAGUCUUUGUCUGCUGCACAAACACAGUUCUCCCUCAACCUGUUUAAGAAGAUCAGUGGAGAAAAUGCUUCUGGAAAUGUCUUCUACUCUCCUCUCAGCAUCUCCUCUGCUCUUGCCAUGGUGGCAGUUGGAGCAGCAGGAAACACACAAGCUCAAAUCUUAAAGGUCCUGGCCAUUAACAGUUCUGUCAAACCUGACACCACAACUCCAGCUCCUGGACCAUCAAUGCAAAAACAGGCCCAGAAACCUCAGUUACCUGCUGUACUCACGAAACCUCCUCCUCAACUUCAUCUGGUACCUGUACAUAAAACUGAGGAUAAUAUUCAUUCCAACUUCAACAAACUCAUGAGUGAGCUGAACAAGCCGGGAGUCCCGUACAUGUUGAGCCUUGUUAACCGCCUCUAUGGAGAGCAGUCCUACCAGUUUGUUGAAAAAUUUCUUAAUGACACAAAAAAAUACUACCAGGCUGGAUUGGAGAAGGUGGACUUUAAAAAGAAUGCAAGGGCUGCACGUGACAACAUCAACAACUGGGUGGAGAAAAAUACUCAAGGGAAGAUCAAGGACUUGCUGCCAGAGAAGUCCGUCGAUGGAAUGACAAAAUUAGUCUUGGUAAACGCCAUCUACUUCAAAGGUAGCUGGAUGCUAAAAUUCCAAAAGGAAGCCACUAGGCAGCUGCAGUUUAAACUGAACAAGGCUCAGACUAAGCCAGUGCAGAUGAUGCAUCAGACAGACCGAUUUCCUCUGGCCCUCAUCCCAGAGGUCAACUGUCAGGUCCUGGAGCUGCCGUACGUUGGGGAGAGUCUCAGUAUGCUGAUCAUCCUUCCAAAUAAGAUAGAAGAUGACACCACUGGCCUUCAAAAGCUGGAGAGAGCAAUGACUUACGAGAAGCUAAUGGAGUGGACCAGACCUGAACAGAUGAGCGCACAGAAAGUUCAAAUCGCUCUGCCCAAAUUCAAGAUGGCGGAGACCUAUGACAUGAACAGCCUUCUGGUCGGCAUGGGCAUGGUGGAUGCUUUUGACAUCCAGAAGGCGAAUUUUUCAGGCAUGUCUCUCAACAAUGAUCUGGUGCUGUCUAAAGUGAUUCAUAAAUCCUUUGUUGAAGUGAAUGAGGAAGGAACAGAAGCAGCUGCAGCCACUGCAGUCCUAUUCAUGGUCGGCUGUUCAUUAGGGCCUCCACCUCCAACCUUUAUUGCAGAUCACCCCUUUCUGUUCUUCAUCCGACACAAUCCCACCAAGAGCAUUCUCUUCUAUGGACGCUUCUGCUCUCCUUGAGUUCCUCCAACCCACGGUAUCCUUCCAGCAUGUUUAAUUGCUAAUGGUUGUGAGUUGGAUUGAGUUAUGAUAGAAUGAUCAUUUUCAAUUAGAGGUUACAAUUAGGAACUCUGCACUGCAUCUCUGUUGAUUUCUUUACUAAAUAAAUUUCUAUUAAAGCAAAAUUUUCUGUCAAGACAAACUUUGAUGAUGGCCUGAAAGUUUAAUAAAUCUUUAAAAGCUUGAGGUUUGACAGACCUUACAGUAAGACAGUCAAAAAUACUUUUUUAGGUAUAAUUUCAGACAUAGUUACUAAAGUAAAUCAAAACCGGGUUGUUGUUUUUUUUUUACUUAAUGGUAAUGAUUUACUAUAAUCUUUUGCAUGUCGGUUUCAAACAAUUAUUUAAAAACUUUGUUAAAGGUGCUGUAAGCGAUUUUAGCGUUCUGGAGCAUUCAUGUGACUGAGCCGUUUAAUUAGCCACGCCCCCUCAUUCCAAAACUCCGCCCUCCAAAAGACAAAACUGAGCAAAAGAGCAGCAUUGAUUGUUUUUGUGGCUGUCAAAUUCAACAGUGACAUAAUAGCACCCUCAACUGUCAAACAUUAUGAAUCAUAUCCUCAAUGAUCCGCUUCAAAUACAACACUAUGAGAACGAGCCAAAUGAUUGACAGGUGAAAUUUUUGUUUGCUAUUUACAAAGUCUACAGCUGUCACAGAGACCGGUGAGAUAUCUCAGGACACUUAUUUCAUUAAUGUCUUUAAGGGAGUAGGAAAAUGUUUUGCAUACUUUUCCAUGAAAACAAUCACUUACAGCACCUUUAAAUUAGAAUCAUUGAAUUCUAACCUCCAAACAAUAAUUCCAAUAUCAUCAUAAUUAUUUUACUGUUUAAUAAAUGGUUAUUAAUUUCCAUUAU